AUGUCACAGUCUUACAACCAAUCUUCAUCUUGCACUAAAGAAGAUCAUAACUUUUGUUCUAGGCCAGCUGAUACAACUGCAAUUAGAUUGAGGAUUAAUCAUGGGGGGGACUUAGUUCAUAAUCCUUGCAAGCUUUAUGUAAAUGGAAAGGUAAAAGAAAUGAAUUGGACAUUUGAUGUGGAUUUUAUGUGUUAUAUGGACUUUAUCAAGGUUGUCAACAACUUGGGAUAUAUAAGAAUCAAGGGCAUGUGGUAUCAUCACCCGAAGUUUUCGUUUGAGCGUGGGCUUAGACCUCUUAACAAUGAUGCAGAUGUUUUAAAAUUCGGGGAAGACAUGAAUGGAUAUGAUGUUGGGAAUAUAUACGUUGAGCAUAUAGUAGAUGAACCUGUUGUUUUAUCAGAAGAACAAGUCAGAGAGUAUGUUGAACCUGUACAAGAUACGAUUGAGAUUGAGUCGGAUGAUGAAGUACAUUUGGACAAUAGUGAGGAAGAUGAAGAUUUUGUGCAAGAUGAUAAGGAUGAUUUGGGGGAUAGUGAGUUUGAUGAAUUAGAUGAAGAUGAUUGGGAUUGGACACAUGAAGUACCAAGCCACACAUUUAUGCAAGAAAAUAACGAUGCAAACCAAGCCUCUUCUAAUCAAGAACCCACCAAAGCAUCUGAUUUUGAGGAAGCCCAUGAUGUUGAAUCAGAUGACUUUGAUACUCCCCAAGGAAGCGAAGAUGAAGGUGAAGAACAUAAGUUUCCCAAGUUUAAAAUGCCUGACUGUGGUGAUCAAGUAAGAUUUGAGCUUGGAAUGACAUUUGCCACAAAGAGUCUUAUUAGAGAUGCAGUUAAGUCAUUUGCAAUGGAAAGGAUAAAAAAUUUACAUUUCAAGAAAAAUGAUCAAAAACGAAUUGUUGUCAAGUGUGAGAAGGAUUGUCCAUUUCACAUGAGAUUUAGUAAAAGGGUAGCAAACCAAUGCUGGCAGUUGGUGAGCCUCACUGAUGAUCACACUUGUCAUAGGACUGCUAGGAACAGGCAAGCUAAGACAGAAUGGCUAGCUAAGAAGUUUAUACCACUCUUGAGACAUACACCUGAAAUGAGGCCAAAGGGGUUGAUUGCAGAGGCACUUGAAAAGUGGGGUGUGAAAUUGUCCUCAGCUUAA